AUGGCAAGCAAAAAGCGUGAAAUCCAGCUACAGUCAGUCAUCAAUAGUCAGAGCCUGUGGGAUGACAUGUUGCUGAACAAAGGCCUAACAGUGAUUGAUGUUUACCAAGCCUGGUGUGGACCUUGCAAAGCCGUGCAAGCUUUAUUCAGAAAACUGAAAAAUGAACUGAAUGAGGAUGAGAUUCUUCAUUUUGCAGUUGCUGAAGCUGACAGCAUUGUGACUCUGCAGCCAUUUAGAGAUAAAUGUGAGCCUGUGUUCCUCUUUAGUCUUAAUGGUAAAAUUGUUGCAAAGAUUCAGGGUGCAAAUGCACCACUUAUCAAUAGAAAGGUCAUUGGCUUGAUAGAAGAAGAGAGGAAAGUUAUAGCAGGUGAAAUGGCCCCUCCUCAGUAUGUGGAAAUUCCACUAGUAGAUGAAUCUGAAGACGAGCUGGGAGAAGGACAGUAUGAAAGUGUUGGGGAAUUUUAUAAUAUGGUUAUUAUCAAACCUGAUGCUGUACUCAGGAGAAAACAUAUAGAAAUUAAGGAAAAGAUUGUCAAAGAAGGAUUUAUCAUAGAAGCACAUGACAACAUGUUUCUCCCUGAAGAGCUAGUGAGGGAAUUCUAUAUUCAUAAUGCAGACCAGCCCGACUUUGAAGACUUUGUAUCUUUUGUAACAAGCGGCCUGAGCUGUGUGCUCAUUACAUCUCAAGGAGAAGAAGAAGAGGUUUUUCUGGAAGAAACUCAACCUCAGUCUGAUGCAGAAGAUGAAGAACCAUUUGAGUAUCCAGAAGAGACUCAUGUUAAGUUUGCACCUAUGGUGUCAAAGAAGAAACGGGACAGUUUGCAAGACUACUUGGAACGACAACACAUAGCUGAGUUUUGCGAUGUUGAGGAUGAUAUGUCUAAGGUUUCUCAGUGGAUUGACAUCUUAUUUCCUGAUUUCAAAACCAUGAAAAGCAAGAACAUACAAAAGACCCUGGCGUUACUGCGGCCGGAUGUCUAUGAGGAAAGCAAAGAUGACGUUUUGAAAAUUAUUCAGAAUGAAGGGUUCACCAUACUAAUGCAGAGACAAAUAUCAUUAUCAGAGGAAGAAGCCAGAACAGUGUGCAAGAACUAUGAGAAUGAAGAGUAUUUUAACAAACUUAUGGCAUUCACGUGCAGCAAUCCAUCUUAUGCCCUUGUUCUAUUGAGGGAAAACAGUGUGGAACAUUGGAAACAGUUAAUGGGACCAAAAACUGUUGAGGAAGCUUUUGCAUCUCAUCCAGAGAGCCUCUGUGUAAAGUUUGCCACAGGAAAUUUUCCUAUCAACCAGUUCUAUGGAAGCAGUUCAAAGGCAGCAGCAGCGAAGGAAAUAGAGGAGUUCUUCCCUCCUCAGGCCACGCUGGCCUUGAUAAAGCCUCACGUGACUCAGGAACAAAGAUUGGAGAUCCUGAAGACCAUAAAAGAGGCAGGAUUUGAGUUGACCUUGCUGAAGGAAAUGCACCUGAUUCCAGAGCAUGCAAACAAAGUUUAUUUCAAAAUAACAGGAAAAGACUUUUAUAAAAAUGUCUUGGAAGUCUUAUCUUCGGGCAUGUCUAUAAUCAUGGUUCUGACCAAGUGGAAUGCUGUUGCAGAAUGGAGACGUAUGAUAGGUCCAGUAGACCCAGAAGAAGCAAAACUACUCUCCCCAGAUUCCCUCCGAGCCAAAUAUGGAAUAGACAUUUUGAAAAAUGCUGUCCAUGGGGCAACUAACAUAUAUGAAGCAGAAACCACCAUCAGUAAUAUGUUCACAGAGGAAAAUGAGGAGGAUGUGGAAGAACACUAG